ACACAAUAAUCCCCUGUGGGCUGCUGGUUUAACCAGGAGGUUCCUACCAGUAUAAAUUUACUAUAGUCUUAAAAUAAACACUACGCUUAUAAAUGUACUUUCGGUUAAAAUAAACACUACGUUUAUACAUGUGCUGUAUUAAAAUAAACACUACGCUUAGAAAUAUACUAUAGGAUUAAAAUAAGCACUACGCUUAUACAUGUGCUGUAGUAAUGUAUUAAAAUAAACUACGCUUAUGUGCUGUAGCAAUAAUGUAUUGAAAUAAACACUACGCUUACAAAUGUACUGGACGAUACUAAAAUAAACGGCUUAUAAAUAUACUGUAGUAAUAAAAUAAACACCGCUUAAAAAUGUACUGUAGGAGAAAAAUAAACACUACGCUUAUAAAUGUACUUGAGUAUUACAAUAAACAACGCUUAGAAAUAUAUUGUAAUAAAAUAAACACGACGCUUAUAAAUAUAUUAUAUCAAAAUAAACACUAAGCUUAUAAAUAUACUGUAAGUAUUAAAAUAACCACUACGCUUAUAAACGUUCCGUUAGUAAUAAAAUAAACACUAGGCCGAUGUUUGUGCUGUAAGCAAUAAUUUUUUCAAAUUCUCUUGUUGUGGGUUUCACACCUGAUGAUGAUUGCUUGUGUUGCAGUCGAAAAGUCGUGAGAGUUUUAUUGCUUUAUAUUUUUAUUAUUUUAUUGUUUCCCUUCUACGUGACUUUACCGAAAGAACCAAGAAUCUGUAAGCAAUAAUGUAUUAAAAUAAACACUGCGCCUAGGUUUAGGCCGAGGCGGUUGCCGAGGGCAACGCGGUGACGUCGCGCACAAGCGCCCUCUCGCGCACCCAUUGGCUGCGGCGGCGGUCACGUGGCCCACGCGAGCCCCCCCCCCCCACUCGUUCGGGCGGGCAGCGGAUUCUGGCAGCGGCAGCGUCGCCCCGUCGCAAAUUUCCGAGUCCCCAUCAACCAAAAAUGUUAACAUCGCCGCAGCUGUAAUCAUCAGCACAAACUGACAGUGACGACGACGACUAAGGUUGCAUCGGCCCGCUCACGAGCGUCGCCGAUGACCACGCGACUCCGCCGAGGUGACGAGGAGGCCCUGGCCGUGUACCGCGCUAGCCUGAGAGAGAGGGCCACCUUCAGCCUGGAUCUACAAGGCAGCACGUUGGAGGAGCGAGCCGAGGACCCACUGGACACAUCCCACACUGAGGAUGAGUGGGCCCCCCUCACGGCAACUCCAAAAGUCCAGUGGCAAGAGCUGAGGCAUAGCGAUGCUGUCACUCAGCUGCGAACCCUGCUACGCAAGCAUGAAAACCAAGAAUUGCCAUUUUCCUCCUCACCUGGUUCAUCACCCCAAAGGGACCAUGGAUCUGGAUUCCGAGAAUCGGACGUAAGCGUGCCAACGGUGGAUGAGCUUGUGCCAUUCAUUCACCGGCAGGCAGAGUAUGUACAGCACCUGGAGGCUCAGGUGCAAUUCUGCAAAGAGGAGCUGUUGGGGAUUAAGCAGCGAGUGAAGGUCGUUGUGCUGGAAAAUGAAAAUCUUCGCGAUGAACUGAAGCGGGAAUCUGUGCAAGAAAGUCUAUCGGAUCAUGCAGAAAAUUACGUGCUGGAUGCAGUACAGUUACCGCGUUCCCAAUCCAACGAGCUUCCCAAGCGUGUGGCAGAAGAGAAAACAUCAAACACAAAGCAAAGCCCCUCCCACACUGCCGCUUCUUCCGUGGCCACCGCGAUUCAGCAGGAACAAUGGAAGUUAGAGCUGGAACGGCUAAAAGCUUUACACGAAGCCAGAACCCAGACCAUGGAGGCUCAGAUGAAUUCAUUACGGAUGGAUCUGUCGGAGUCCCAGCGCAAGUGUGAAGAGUUUCGGCUCAAGCUGCGGCAGCAGGAGGGACCUGGAGGCGGAGUCCCCGGGGGGCUGUGUGUGAAGUGUGCCCAGUACAAGGCGGUCUUGGCACACACGCACAGUGACGCACACGUGCAGACCAUAGGCAGGCUCACAAAGGAACGAGAUGAGCUCAUGGACACUUUGGCAGGGCUGAGAUGCACUGUAAGCGAGCUGCAGCGGAGGGAGGCUGCCGCCUGCGAGCAGGUCAAAGCCACUUUGGAGACAGCCGAGGAAGCCAACCUGGAGAAAGCCAAGAUGGCAGUGGAGUGUGAACAGAUUCGGUCGGAGCUGAGCCGGCAGAAAGAGCGGCUCGGAAAGGAGCUGUCCCUCCUUCAGGAACGGAUCGUGCUUGCCCGCAAUACAGCCCACAAUGAGGCUGGAAAGGAGAAGAAAGCGUUGGAUUCUACUGUGAAGUUUUUGUCAGAAAAAGUAGGCACCCUGGAGGCGCAACUGGAGCGGUUGACCCGAGAGAAGGGAGUCAUUGGCGACCAGCUGGAGGAGGCACAGAAGCAGCUCACGGCUCACGAGACCGACCUCAGCAAGAUGUGUGGAGAGAUGCGCUUCCAGCUAAACCAGGCAAAACUACGCAAGGACGAGGCAGAGAAAGAACUCAAAGAAUAUAGAAUGAAAGCAAUGCGGCAGAUGGAUGUGAAAGAGCAGGAGGUUGAGCGACUGGAGAUGGAGUUGGCGGAGCUGCGGCGGCGGCUGGAGAGAGCGGAAGGCGAGGCUGCACGUGCCGGGGAUGAGCGCAUACAGCUCACGCACCGGCUGGGCACAGCCGAACAGCAGUUCCAGAUCGCCAGGAUGGAGAAAGAAUCUCUGCAGAGACGUAUCGCCGACGACUCGAGGAGCCUGCGGACGCAGGCUGAGCAGCGAGAGCAAGAGCUGAUUGCACACAUCCAGCUCUCCGAAAGCCAGCACCGGGAGAGAGUGAGUGAAUUGGAGGCACUUUCAAGCUCUCAAAAUGCUUUGCUGAAGCAGCUAAAAGAUGAAUGCAAGCUCCUUUCUGGGAAGCUCAGUGGAAUGAACGAGAAGUACCGGGCAGAGGUGGCCCAGCUGAGCCAAGAGAAUGGCGAGCUACGCGAGCGGCUCGCGCGCACGCGCCAGCGAGCGGACGAUCUGGAGUCGCAGUGCGUGCAGCAUGGCCGAAUCCACGAGCGAAUGAAGGAGCGGUUGCAACAGCUGGACGUGCACAGCCAGGCGAGUGCGCGCCAGGUGGUGGAGCUGCUCGGCAAGCAGGGAGCCCUGCUGCACGAACGCCAGCUGCUCUCCCACGAGACGCACUUCCUGAAAACCCAGGCGGUCGGCCACCGUCUGGAUCGCGCGAAGCCAUUCCUCCCUGGUAAAGCACGCGACCAUACCAACGUGCCAUCAGUUGCCGCCUCGUCAGAGUGCACAGCCUACGGCCGCCAUCUCCAUCCGUUUUCAAGGCGACGGAACGCUGUUGGAUGACGAGUGGUCUACAACUUCUUGCUGGCUGCUUUAAAAACAAAUACUCUUUGGUUGAUUUAUUGAUGGAUUUGUUUACGUUCUUUGCAAAUUAGAAAAAUGACAAGUGGUCCGCUGGAAAUAUGAAGGCAUGCACACCUCACAUGGGCGACUUCCCCUUGAUAUGAUCGACUACAGCAGGCCUUGGAAUAACAAUGCUCUGCACCUCCCUUGGUAUCAUUUUAAGUUCCAGGUUCCUUCCAAAACAUUAUAAAAAUACAAGUAUGCCUCACAGGUUGAAUUUUUUCGACACUUAAAAUGUUCAGAGCAACACUCCUCACUAUAUGAUAUGGUAAGCCCUCGCUAAACGCAUUUUCGCGCAGCGAAUUUUCACUAUAACGCGGUUCGUCCGUUGAGGUUCCUGAGCGGUCGACAACUAACUACUUUCUUGAACUGCGCAACCAAACGGUAUCAUAAAGUGUGCGGAAUGAUACAGUGAGUGGAAUGAUAAAGUACGUGACGUAUCCUCAUCUCAGUUAUUUAUCCCACCAUGGGACGACUACAAGCCGACUUCACAACGCAAAUUUGAUUCAGUACAGUAAUUCCUCGCUUCACGCGAUUUUCACUUCACGCGGCACUUUGAAGGAAUGCAUUUACCACGCUAAACGAGGGAUUACUGAGUAAAUGACACAUUUAACAAAAUAACUAUCAAGCGUUUAUAAAAAAAAUCCAUAAUGCUCGGGAGUCGGCAACCAAGAUAACGAGAGCAACCAAUUUUUUCCGAAUUCGGUAAAAAAAUAACUUAAUAUUUCAAGAGUCGGAAUGCACAUGAAUAACGUCUCGAAGCAGCAGUCCUUAAAGAGCCGCAUAUUGCCCGACCCCUGAUCAUGCUUAACCCACCAACUCAUUUAGGGCGUUCAUGGCGUGUCAUAUACAUAUGACUAUAUGUGGCAAAAACGUAAUAAGAGAGGUUGUUGCUGCAGUUCAUUACAGUUGAGUGUAAAAAUAACUCAUGUAAGAGGAACGUUGGUCAGUAGUAUAAGAAUGUUAAAAACAACCCCCUCACUCAUCCACAUUUCUACACUCCAACUCGACAACGGGAAAGCCCAUUCCAACACUUGUUGACUCUGCUUGUGGGCCUGAGGCUACUGUUGUUUUGAAGCCAGAGGAAUUCCUGGAAUUUCUGACAAAGUCGUUAAAGGAUUAAACUUAACCCAAACCCCCUCCCACCGCCCAUUCUAAUCCCUCUCUGCGACCCUCCGUGCAUUUACCAAGGCAUUAUCAUCAAGCACUUUGAUGGCAGCAAUCACAUUCCAUAGCCUCUACACAACCUCGAAUCCAUCCCAAUUCUGUUGAGCUAAACCAGCUUCAACUGCUUCUCGAAAGCCACCCAAUUAAAAGUGCAAAUUUAACGUGAGAAAAAUCCGAAGGACUUACGACAUGCAAAAAAAUGCACCCUUUUUGCUCGCACGAUUAACCAACGUAAAGUCGUGGCAAUUUUAGCUUUAUCUCACUGCCACCUGAUUUCAACAGACACGAGAAAAAGAAACGCACACACA